CUUAAAUCGUGAUCUCGGCUCAUGUCUUGACUACACGAAUAGUACAUGAUAGUUAUCGGCUAUCGCAGAUUGUCAGUAUUACUCAGUAUUCAUAAUUAAAUAAUAUCUUAAUUUGUGGACUGUGGUCUGCGGUAUAAUCAGUCGAUUGACGAUUAUGUCUAUACAUCAGCAAUAGCUGUGGGUAGUGGGUACACGUCUGGUACAGACUCGUAUAGUCCGUAGAGAUAAGGCACUAUAUUAUAUUAUUGUAAUCUAUUAGAGAGCAUAGAUAAUAAAAAGAUAUAUAUAUAUUAUCUAUGUUAGAGAGACCCAAUAUAGAUAACAACCGAAUUAUCUUUAUUAUCAAAUUUUCAAAUUUCGUCUUUAUUAUCUACGAGGUAAUACAAAAAUAUACUUGUCUUAAACAAUAUACGAUAAGUCGAUUACAGAGAUACAGAAGUCUUUUUUUCUAUGACUGAAUUAUAGACCCAUAUAUUAUUGAUGAAUAAAUUAUAGAACAUGUGUCCAAAUGUUAUGUUAGAGGUGCCUUAGGUCUAUUUACUAUUGUGACUUGCGAUUAUUGUCUAAUACUACUAUACCAACAUCGAACAAUACUGGUGCUAUUUUUUUGUUGUUGCUUGUGUCGAACGUCGAUCCACUGUUUGAGUACAGUGUUUAUAUUCGUUGAGCAAUUAUGGAGGUUUCCAGAGAAUGCAGUUGCAGCUGCUGUGAUAAAUGUCUGCAACAUCCAACAUUCCAUACUGUCCAGAAAUUGUGCAACAUCAAUGCGUGUUUAGAUAAUUUAACUACACUAGAUAUAAGUUCUAGUAGUAUCUGUGAAGUACCUGAAUUUAUCGUGAAUCUUGUAAAUAUAGUCAAACUUGAUUUAUCAUCAAAUGAAUUGGAAACGCUGCCAUUGUCAUUUAGCAAAUUUCAACAUUUAACAGAUCUCAACUUGUCGCAUAACAAAUUUUCACAAGUUCCCCAGUGUUUAAUUGAUGGGAUGCACUUCUUAAAAACACUUAAUUUAUCUCACAACCAGCUCUCGGAUAUCAGCAUAAAACCAUUUUGUGUUCAACAAUUACUAAUUUUAAAUAUCAGUAAUAAUUCAAAACUGAAUUGCCUUCCACAAUGGUUAUGGUCAAUUGAAUGUAAUUCAUUAGAGUCAUUGGAUAUAUCGUUUACAAAUUGUCUGGACAAUAUUGCAGUGGAUCCUUAUCUGAACAUGUAUGGUAUUGGUAAUCAUCUGAAGUAUUUGGAUUUAUCCAAUACAAAUUCUGAUGUUAGAAAAUUAGAUUUUAUCAAACAUUUAAAAAACCUAAGAAAUUUGGUUUUAGACAACAAAGUUACAAUGAUAAAAAACUGUCAUAAUUACUACUCUGAUGUACCACUAGUGUUUAAUUAUCGAUUUAAAUUUGUUGAUUCUUUAAGUAUGAUCAAUGUCAAUCUAUCAAGCAUCGGAAAAUUUGUUUAUUUCAGUUUGCCUAGUGUACGUUUUUUGAAUUUUUCUAAUAAUUCUAUUGCAUUAUUGCCAGAUUCCUUAAGUGAAUUGACAAACUUGGAAGUCUGUGAUUUUUCGAAUAAUCAUAUUUUAACGAUUCCUGAAAGUUUUAAAAGCUUAAAGAAUUUGAAAAGUUUAAUAUUAAAUAAUAAUUGGUUAUCAACAUUUCCAAAAGUUAUUGAAGACCUAUCAAACCUAGAGAUUUUGGAUUUAUAUGCUAAUAAAUUAGAUACAUGUACAUCAUGGAACAUAAAUUCUAGUAUAAAAUUACUUGAUCUAGAACAAAAUUUAUUUUCUACUGAAGAUAAUAUUUAUUUAAAUAUUAAAGCCAAUUAUUCAGAGUUGUUAAAAAAUCUGCGCUCAUCAAUUACUGAAACUCGUAUUAUAGGACCUUUAUGUUUUGAAGAACUUAAUGAUAUUGAAUCUGAAACAGAAGGAUUCAGUAAUCGGUGGUCAUCAUUGUCAUCGCAUUACUCAGAAGACAGUAUUCACGGAGAAGAGCAAGAAGAUACUUAUUUUAAAGAAGAAGAAUUUUGGGACUGCGGUUCCUAUGAAUUUACAACUGAUUUAUUCGAUCCUAAAAGUUUUGAAUUGAAUUUGAUGAAUGAAUUAAGAAAAUUAGAAAACCCGUUAAAUUUUGAUGAUAAAAAAAAUGUGCGAAAAGUGCGUUUAGCUAAUGAACAUUAUUUUUGUCCUGGUGAUGAACUUCCCAAGACAUAGACUAUUACUAAAUAAUUGUUUAUUGUAAUUUAUAACUAGAACUCAAUCCAACAUAUUUCGAAGAAAGACAUCAUUAUAAAGUAUGUACCAAAACUAAAUUUGAAAUUUGAAGACUUUAGACUGCAAUAAUUAUUUUCUUAUAACAUUUUUUUUUCAUUUCUUAUCUAUUAGGUUUUAAUGUAAUAUUUAAUAUUAAUUUAUGUAUGAUAAAUAUUGAAUAAUUAAAUGUUUUAUCUAUUUGUCUUACUUAGUUCUUAUUUCUUUGACUUUAAAUUGGUGUGUAUAGUUUAAUAUUUAACAAAAUAAUAACUUGUAUAUUAUUUUAUUUAAUAAAAAAUUAUUGCCUGAGUUGAUUUUA